GGUGGAUAUGGCGGAAUGUCAGUGGUGAAGUGGACUCUCUGGAUUGUUGCUUUUUUCUCACCCCGUGCAGACAAUUACUUAAUUUGCCCCCAAAGAGCCCUCCGUCGUGCCGAAUACUUAACGCCCUCGUGAGUGCCCCCUCGCCUUCGACACGUGUGCACGUUCGUGAGCUCGGAGGAGGGAAUGUGUUAUGAUUGUGGCCUGAUUUAGUUCUCAUCUCUCUCUCUCUUUCGGUUCUUUUUUCUCUUCCUACCUUCCACUCACUCUUCAUGUUCCAUUUGCAAGAAUUUUCUGACUCGUUCUGCUGGUGCAUCAUAUAUGUUGGGACUCUUUAGCCGCCGUGGGCAUCGCGCUAACAGGACGGGAGGAUGCAGACGUCGAUAAAGCAGGAGAACCCGCAGCUCAGCCCGCUGAAGAUCGUGCCGCUGAGGGCGGGCGGAAAUGGCAGCGGGAAUGCCUUUGAGGAGGACAGCCCCAUGAAGUACGAGGAGAAGCCGCUGCUGCUCAACGUGGAGCUCUGCCUCGUGUGCGGCGACAGGGCGUCGGGGCGCCACUACGGCGCCAUCAGCUGCGAGGGCUGCAAGGGCUUCUUCAAGCGCUCCAUCCGGAAGCAGCUCGGCUAUCAGUGUCGUGGCACGAUGAACUGCGAGGUGACGAAGCACCACCGGAACCGCUGCCAGUACUGCCGCCUGCAGAAGUGCCUGGCCUGCGGCAUGCGGAGCGACUCCGUGCAGCACGAGCGGAAGCCCAUCCUGGACAAGAAGGAGGCCUCGGUCGCGGGCAACAGCGUGGGCGGCGGCGCAAUGGGCCCCUCCAUCAGUCCUGGCGACGUGGGCUCCAACAACCAGCCCACGAUGAGCGGAAGCGCGCGCCCGUCGUCGUCCAGCCCCAAUUAUCUCUUCUUCAGGCCACCCAAUGACUACAGCGAGCCCAAUUUCGCCAGCAUGAUGUUCCCCGUUGGAUUCAACUUCAAUGACCUCAAGGCAACUCUUGGACAGAGAGCAUUUUUGCAGCAGAGCGGUGUCUUCCAGGGCCAUCCCAUAUCGUCGCCAUCCACGAGUGGAUUGCAGCAAGAUGACGAGGCGUCCAAUGAUAACAAUCCACCAAAUAGUAUCUUCACAACGGCAAUAAACACACUGUCGAGUCUAACUGCCACCAGUUCCGCUGAUUUUCUCCAGGCCGCUAUUAACAAACAUACAAUUGCCGAGUCGCUGGAGCUCAUCACGAACCUGCCGUUCGAAAUGAAUGCAAAUGGGGCGAGAGACUUCACGAAGCACGAACCGUCAGCGGGCACGCCCGCGUCUGCGGACAACAGCAGCCCCAGCGGCGACGACAGCAGCUCGCCCACGGCCGCCGCGGUCAUCAGCAUCGAUCCCAGCGACCUGGACCCCCUCAUCCCGGAGCCGUGCGUGCCCUUCUCCCUGCAGAUACCCAACGUGGUGCCGGCGUACUUAAACUUACACUAUACCUGCGAGACGGGAUCGCGGCUGCUGUUCUCGUCAGUGAUAUGGGUGAGCAAGGUGCCCGUCUUCCGCGCGCUGCCUGACGACUGCCAGGUGCAGAUCCUGCGCGCGUGCUGGACCGAGCUGUUCGUCCUCGGGCUGGCCCAGUCGGCGCCGCAGCUCGCCUUUCCCACCAUAGUCACAUCCCUGGUCAAUUGCUUCAAGGCGGCGAUGGUGCAGGAGAAGCUCUCGGCGGCGCGCAUCAAGCUGAUGGCCGACAACAUUUCAAGACUGUGUGAUUUUGUACAAAACAUUCAGCGAAUCGGCGUGGAUGACUAUGAGUUUGCAGUGCUGCGCCUCCUCUUGCUCUUCAGUACAGACAACAUUCGCCGGGAGCCGAUGCGUCAAUCAACGUCUCUGGAGGGAAUUCAGGAGAUCGCAUGUCGCUGCCUGCGAGCCCACAUCGACCAAAGUCACCAUCCGUCUCAGUCGGAUCGUUUCGCCAAAUUGUUGCUCAAACUACCCGCUUUAAGGACGUUCAAUGCGAACACAAUGGAGGACCUGUUUUUCGCCAAUCUAAUUGGGCAAGUGCAAAUUGACAAUGUUAUCCCCUACAUUUUAAAAUUGGGGGUAGCCAGUGGGAUUAAAUCCGAAACAACAUGAUUGUUAAAUUGUCUUAUUUUAUACAACAAGAAACAUAAUAUUAUAAUAAGUAUAUUAUUAUAUAUUCUAAUGCUAUUUUAUGAGAAUGAGAGAAUAUUAUUCGUAAAAAGUUCAUAAUAACUAUGUUAACUUUUAAUCAAAAUUAACUUAAUUCAUUUUGAAAGCAAUUUUCUUUUCCUUUUGAUGAGUUGAAAGAUUUUAUAUAUUGUGUAAGACGAUGGAUAAUGUAUGUAAACGAGGUGUCUCUAAAUUGUGCCUUUCGCGAUGCAAAAUUUUCAAUGUUUUUACGUAAUUUCUUUUUCGAAAAGAGAUAAAUGAGAAUUAAUCAAAAGAGUAGAAAACAAUUAUGAAAUAGUAUUAAAAGUGAGUAUUAGAUGAUGAAAUUUUAUCCUUUCUAAGGUUAGAACAAAUUUUGUAGUCUUGAGACAGGAAAAUGACGUGAAAUUGGCUCUGACGCAUAGAAUGUGACCGUUCGACUCCUGCCUGCAGUAAGAAUGUUUUUUUUUUAUUAAGUUAUACAGAUCAGUUGGAAAAGCACUUAAAUCAUUGGGAAAAACAAAGUGUCAGGGCCAACAGCGAAGGUUCCCUUCGCUUUUAACCCUUUAUGAUAAAUUUAACAACUAAAUUGGAGAUAAAAAUUAGCAAUUUUGUUAACACUAUUGUUGGAGAGAAAGUUCUGAUUGUAUGAAUUUUCUUGCGUUUUAUUAAGUCCCUUUGAUUGAGAAAAGUAAUAUAUUGUUUUGUUUCUUUUCUUUUCUCCUAACGGAAACAAUAAAAAAAAACACAAUGCUAUUUUUAUAUUAUAAAAUGAUUAUGAUAAAAAGCAGAAAAUAUAAAUUAUAUGAAUAUUAUUUACAAAACAGAAAUUGUGUGGAGGGCCGCAGAGUUGCUGACACGGCGAGUUCUCGUCGGUGGAUUUAUUUGUGUCCACACGCGAAAGAGGCGAGCGAGAGCCAGAUUAAAGUGCGCCGAUGAGUGAGGUGGCCUUUAUUGAG